GGCUAGCGAUGAGCGAAUUAGCUGCAGCAGACGAAGUGUUUAGUAACAUGGCUGGAGCCAGAUCAUUGUCAUUUGCACGUAUGUUAUCUUGGGAAUUCUCUCGUCCGUCUGUCGUCGUCGUGCGUAGAAAAUCAACCAGAAAAUCUUCCAAGACCAUCAGUAACAGUUGCUCUACGGACGAAGGUAGCAACAGUAUUGCUUCAUUGUCAGACGAAUCAGCUGAGACAUCAGACUCGUCUGAGUAUGUAACUGCUGAAGAAUCACCAGUGAGUGACGAAGAAAGCAUUCAAGUUGAAAAUGAGGAUCGUGAGAGAAUUGCAGCUGUGGAAUGUGCAGAUGCCACACUUUCCGCCAGUCAUAGAAGACGAUCUGGUCGAUCAAAGAAACAAAAACGGAAACAGAACCGCUUAAAACGAGAGGCUCGUCUUGAAUUCUUUUCUCCAUUUCUGGAGGGAUUUGAUGAUGAUGCAGUUGAGGAGGCCAGUCUGGCUGCUGCAGAGCAUGAUACAGUGGUGGGACGUGGAGUGCCCAGUCUUAGUGAAUUCUGUGUUCAGAAGCUGUGGGGUACCUCAUCAAUUAGGAGGCAACAACUUGAUGCUGAAUCAGGGUUGAAGAAGCCAGUGUUUAUGGAUCAGAUGAAAUCAGAGCGACGAGCUCAUCAGCUGGUAGCUUCUGUUCAACUGAAAUGGCUACACAAAUGCGUUGCUGAUUUGGAAAGUAGAGAAGCAAAAGAUUCUACUGCCUCUUCUCAACAUUAUUAUGAUUGGACGUUGCAGUCUACAUUUUCUGCUCAGGAUGACUAUUCUGGGUUGUUCACUCCUUUGCCUCAUCCUGAUCCGGCCUGUAACAUGUAUGAUGCUGUAGCUGCCCUGGCACAUGUGGCAGAUCUGAUGGUGCCAGUAGUUGUGAGAAUGAAAGAAUAUACGGCAGCAAACAGUACAGACAGUGAAUACAGGGCCACUGCUGUGUGGAGGCUUAGAUCAGCUUUGUUUGCAAGGUAUCCCAAGCUGACAGCAAAGUUGCUAGAUGAUGUUAUUCCAUACGUGUGGUGGGCUAGAGGAGACUUUCAACAGGCUGCUGAACUGUUGGUGGCUCGGUCACGUGCCUUGAAAGAUAUUGAUAAGAACCUUUCCGCCCUCUAUCUCAACGAGGCCGGCCGUCUUUAUUCCCAGUUGGGCGACAGAGACAUGGCAUCAAAAUUCUUUCGUCUUGCCUCGGAAACCGCUCCCAACUAUUCGAAUCCUUCAUCUGGCGACAUGUGGUCAUCACGUAGUGACAUGGUUGUUAUGUCAGCUCUUGCUCUCAGUGCAAAUACAUGGGACCAAGGCGUUUUGGAUGGUGCGUGUGGCGUACAGGCGGGCGGAACGUGGAGGGCUGUACUGCUUUCUGAUGAUAUUCCUUCACCGGUUGUUAUAGAUGCUGUCGUCUCUCGUUUGAGUGUUCAUACUGGCGUGGUAGUCGGUAGCAGCAAUCCUGAUGAGCACAAGCCGGUUUCUGUGGGGUGUGAUGCCUGGCUUGAUGAAUGUGUGACUUUUGUGGCUUCGUUGGUGGAGAAGACACCGAGGUUGUAUCAUUGGCUUUCUUUGCUGUAUGCGUUGCAAGGGAAAUGGGCGGAUGCUCGACGAAGUCAUCAGGCUUAUGUGAAUCAGUUUGCUAGCUUUAGAACUUGGAGUAACGGCAUGCCAGGCGCGCACCGUGGCAUUAGGCUUGAUCAUUAUCCACACUUGGGCGUCAGAGUCAAUCCAUGGGAGAGCCUCAUGAAGUUAGUGAAACCCGGCCCACCAUCUCUUCUCAGACUCGUUUGGAGGCACCAGUUGUCACAUCCUUCUAUGUGCACAUCAAGGGAAGCAAAUCGUCUUGCUUAUCAUGUCUCAAACUCAUUGUCAAUCAGACUGAGUGAAGAAGGAAAUAUAACCGUCGAUGCCAUCGCUCACCAUCCACCAAUCAGAGGUCUACAACUUGAUACACAUACAGGAAUGAUACGUUUCCCUCAGUGUCCAGGUACUACGACACCGUGGAUGUCUCUUCCUUCAUCAGCAUCGUUGACUGAAGGUGGCACCAUGAUACCAGUUCCUAUCUGUGUCUUGAAUAAUGGUAAAGUGCAGGUCGAGGUGUUGUGCGCAAAUUCUGAAUCAAGAGGAAAACGAGACUACUUGAAGUCCGAGAACAACCUUACCCUUUUGUACAUGACUGACUGCAUAACCAAACGAAGGGUCAAGGUUGACUUACGCAGUCCUGUUCGAAAGAAGCUGAAGGAGGUUCUUCUGGAGAAGUCGGAUAGAGAUAAAGCUAAUUUGUUUGAAGAGAGGAAAAGGGUAAUAGAACAUGUUUUCAGAAGAGGAUGGUACUGCUCAUGGAAGGAAAACGUGAAAUCAGCCAAUAUUCCAAGUGCUUCACAAGCAGAAAGGACAAACGGAUUUCACAUGCAGCUACGAUUCUUUGUCACUUAUGGCUCAGCUACUGUCGCUCUCUUCUUUACUGUCGUGCCAUCACAGAGAGGAGAAACAUCACCUGACACAAUAGUUAUUGUUGACUGUAGAAACAUACAGUCUUUCAAACGACCACGAGUGUACGGCCUUGAUGAAGAAAGCUCACCGUUUGCUGAGCCACUGAAUGGCGACGUAGGACAGAAAGUCGAGUUUCGUUAUUCCAAGAUUCUCGUGUGUAACCGACUACGCACUGACAUUAUAGUAAUUUUCAAUGAGAGUGGAGAUCACAUCGUUGAAUUCCAUAUGAGCGACUAUUGGCCAGAAAGGUUGAUGUUUACUGCGGUCAUCGGAGAUCGUUUGUAUGGUGUGACGUCAUCAUCAUCAAAUAUAGUUGGUUGUGUUUGUGUGGAGAGUGAUGAACCCCCGGUUGUUAUGGAGUCUGAACCGCUUCCUACGGUUUUGUCAGUGAAGUCUGCAGGACACGACUUGCUUGUUCUCACCACGAAUGGUUUGUAUGUCUUGAAUCCCGAUUCUCUCGCAUCGUUUCCGAUUAGAAGCAGCACAGAUGGGACUGUAGGGGAUAUGACUGGUAGUCAAGUUGCUGUGCCUGGAAAGUUUGUUCAGUGGGAGAUAUUCGAGACAACUGAACGUGGAGAAACGACAUUGACUGCGUUGGCAUUAGAUUACACGUUUGUGUUACUGGCGGUCAACAGGUCGUCAUCUAACUCUCACACUUCUGUACAAGUCAGUUGCAGCGUGGAACUACCGGGUGUCCCAUCCGAGGUCAUAAUCCUACCCGGCGAUCGUGGUGUGCUCCUUACAACGGGACUCUUCAUGUCACACGACCCUGACUUUACCGAGCAGCUACUCUGGCUGAGUAUGAGUGGCGAACUAAAGGGCAUUCUUCCCGUUUUGGGUCGUGGCCCUCACUCGUUCUUCCCGCUGACGCUCUAUCCUCGAUCGGACGCCAAAUCCGUACAACUUGGCCUACACGUUUACUUCAGUGACGGCCGAAAAGGUAUAUGUUGCAUGGCAUUGUGAUGAUGUUAAAUAGCCACUCAAAUAUCGAGUUCAGUAUUCGCAUUUUUCAAUUUAUAUCAAUGACAAGUGUAUGUACACAGUACACAAACUAG